CCGUCAGUUUUCCGGUGUUUCAUUUGUCAUUCUCAUCUAUGUUGUUUAUGUAAGCUGUUGUUUGCCUCCUUGUAAAAUUCGUCUGAAGUUGUACAUUAAAUAGUAUUUUAAUAUUUCUUAUAAUAUAAUUAAUAGCUAUUGUUAGGUACCCAAACUCAAGCAUGGACCAGAAAAAGUACAUUUGUGCUUUUUGGUCAUUGUUAUUCUUAGUCUGUCAUGUAACAGCUAAAGAUGCUGGAAAGUCCAAAGAAGAACUUGGUACAGUUAUCGGUAUUGAUCUAGGCACAACAUAUUCUUGUGUUGGAGUUUAUAAAAAUGGACGAGUAGAAAUCAUAGCCAAUGAUCAAGGUAAUAGAAUUACACCAUCAUAUGUUGCAUUCACCAAAGAAGGAGAACGUCUGAUUGGUGAUGCAGCCAAAAAUCAACUUACAACAAACCCUGAAAAUACAGUAUUUGAUGCUAAGCGAUUAAUUGGUCGAGAUUGGUCUGACGCCAAUGUUCAACAUGAUGUUAAAUUCUUCCCAUUCAAGGUGAUAGAAAAAAAUACAAAACCACAUAUUGAAGUAGAAACUUCUGAAGGAGUUUCAAAAGUAUUUGCACCUGAAGAAAUUUCUGCUAUGGUAUUAGCUAAGAUGAAGGAAACUGCUGAAGCUUACUUAGGAAAGACUGUUACACAUGCAGUGGUUACUGUACCAGCUUAUUUCAAUGAUGGUCAACGUCAAGCUACAAAAGAUGCCGGAGCUAUUGCUGGCCUUACUGUUAUGAGAAUCAUUAAUGAACCAACUGCAGCAGCUAUUGCAUAUGGUUUAGAUAAACGAGAGGGCGAAAAAAAUGUUUUGGUGUUUGAUUUGGGUGGCGGUACUUUUGAUGUAUCAUUAUUGACCAUUGAUAAUGGUGUUUUUGAAGUUGUGUCAACCAAUGGAGAUACUCAUUUAGGUGGUGAAGAUUUUGAUCAGAGAGUUAUGGAUCAUUUCAUUAAGUUGUAUAAGAAAAAGAAAGGUAAAGAUAUCAGAAAAGAUAAUCGGGCUGUUCAAAAAUUAAGGCGUGAAGUUGAAAAAGCUAAGCGUGGAUUAUCUGCCAGCCACCAAGUUCGUAUUGAAAUUGAAAGUUUCUUUGAAGGAGAUGAUUUCUCAGAAACCUUGACUCGUGCUAAAUUUGAAGAACUAAACAUGGAUUUGUUCAGAUCAACCAUGAAACCUGUUCAAAAGGUUAUGGAAGAUGCUGAUAUGAAUAAAAAAGAUAUUGAUGAAAUUGUUUUGGUUGGUGGUAGUACAAGAAUACCUAAAGUACAGCAACUUGUUAAAGAAUAUUUCAAUGGUAAGGAGCCUUCUCGAGGUAUCAAUCCUGAUGAAGCUGUUGCUUAUGGUGCUGCAGUUCAAGCUGGAGUUUUGUCUGGUGAGCAAGAUACGGAUGCAAUAAUUCUUUUGGAUGUCAAUCCUUUAACAAUGGGUAUUGAAACUGUUGGUGGAGUUAUGACUAAAUUGAUUCCUCGUAAUACUGUAAUUCCUACUAAAAAGAGCCAAAUUUUCUCUACUGCCGCUGAUAAUCAAAACACAGUCACUAUUCAAGUAUUUGAAGGUGAACGACCAAUGACAAAGGAUAACCAUCUCCUUGGAAAAUUUGACCUUACAGGUAUACCACCAGCACCCAGAGGAGUUCCUCAAAUUGAAGUCACAUUUGAAAUUGAUGCUAAUGGUAUUCUCCAAGUAAGUGCUGAAGACAAAGGAACCGGUAACCGAGAAAAGAUUGUUAUCACCAAUGAUCAAAACCGAUUGACUCCAGAUGACAUAGAACGUAUGAUUAAGGAAGCUGAAAAGUUUGCUGAUGAUGACAAGAAAUUAAAGGAACGUGUUGAGUCCCGGAAUGAUUUAGAAUCUUAUGCAUAUUCAUUAAAGAACCAAAUUGGUGAUAAAGAAAAAUUGGGAGGAAAGUUGUCAGAUGCCGAAAAGACCAAGAUGGAAGAAAUUAUUGAUGCCAAAAUUAAAUGGUUGGAUGAAAACCAAGAUGCUGACCCUGAACAACACAAACAACACAAAACUGAAUUGGAAAGCGUUGUCAAUCCCAUCAUAUCAAAAUUAUAUGCUAGUACUGGUGGUGUUCCUCCUCCGCCUGCUGGAGAUUCAGAAAAAGAUGAACUUUAAAUGAAUGUAUUUGUAAAUUCAUUUAUUGUAUAUAAGACUGCUAAAGUUUUACUUCCUUUUGGAUUAUGUUAAGCAGUUAGGUUAACAAUUAGCUAAUAUAUAUAUAUAUAAUAUUU